GACAAAACUUUAGUGCGCACGCUUCUGUUAUCGAUUAAAACGACUCCAAUGUGAAUAGCAGAUUUCAUUGUUCGUUUAUAGAAGCUGUUGGAGGUAUUUAAAAUUAUUUUACUCAUUACUUGGUUGAUUCAUUCAAAGUGUUAAUAUAAAACUUGAGUGUAAAAAUGAAAAUAAAUAUUCAAAGUAUACGGUGAAGUUGAAAAACGUCUGAAUGAUUCAUAUGAAUGUAGCGAAUUCAGCCAUUUUGAUAAAACGCUAGGUAGAGGACGAAUAGGAAGAGUUUUGCAGUUUACAAAGAGGUGGUAGCAGGAGGCAAAAAGCGAGUAACAAGUUCGGUAUCGCCCACGAGAACAUCAGGACACAACUAAUUAUCGGCGAAAGCCGUAAUUUAUCUUCUCUAAAUUGAAGAGACACGUUUUUAGAGACUAAAAAUGGCUGGCAAUGUGGGUAUGGAACAGUUGAUUCCAAUUGUGAAUAAAUUACAAGAUGCUUUUACACAACUUGGAGUGUCUAUGCAAUUGGACCUUCCACAAAUUGCAGUUGUGGGUGGUCAAAGUGCGGGAAAGAGUUCAGUGCUCGAAAAUUUUGUUGGAAAAGACUUCCUCCCAAGAGGUUCAGGUAUUGUCACCAGGAGACCGCUUAUUUUACAACUUAUCCAUAGCACAACUGAAUUUGGUGAAUUUCUUCACUGUAAAGGAAAAAAGUUUGUGGACUUUGACGAGGUUCGCAAAGAAAUUGAAGCAGAAACUGAUAGAGUAACUGGAAGUAAUAAAGGGAUAUCAAACAUACCUAUUAACUUGAGAGUGUACUCUCCAAAUGUUUUAAAUUUGACAUUAAUCGAUUUACCGGGACUUACCAAAGUACCAAUUGGUGAUCAGCCAGCAGAUAUCGAAGCUCAAAUCAAAGGGAUGAUAUUUCAAUUUAUUAGAAAAGACAAUUGUCUUAUCUUAGCUGUAACACCUGCAAAUACUGAUUUGGCUAACAGCGAUGCUCUUAAACUCGCGAAAGAAGUUGAUCCUCAAGGUGUUAGAACUAUUGGUGUUAUAACAAAACUCGAUUUGAUGGAUGAAGGUACAGAUGCAAGAGAUAUUUUGGAAAAUAAAUUGUUACCUUUGCGACGAGGAUAUAUAGGCGUAGUUAAUCGAAGCCAAAAAGAUAUUGAAGGAAGAAAAGAUAUUAAAAAUGCUCUAGCAGCUGAAAGAAAAUUUUUUCUCAGUCAUCCAUCCUAUCGUCAUUUGGCAGAUAGAUUAGGAACACCGUAUUUACAACGCGUUCUUAAUCAACAAUUAACUAAUCACAUAAGAGAUACUUUACCAGCUUUGCGUGAUAGAUUGCAAAAACAAUUAUUAACUUUAGAAAAAGAUGUUGAACAGUACAAACACUUUAGACCUGAUGAUCCUGCUAUUAAAACUAAGGCCAUGUUACAAAUGAUUCAGCAACUUCAAUCAGAUUUUGAAAGGACUAUUGAAGGAUCUGGAUCUGCACAAAUUAAUACAAUGGAACUAAGUGGUGGUGCUAAAAUAAAUCGAUUAUUCCACGAACGUUUUCCUUUUGAAAUAGUCAAGAUGGAGUUUGAUGAGAAAGAAUUACGAAGAGAAAUUGCCUUUGCUAUCAGAAAUAUUCAUGGUAUUAGAGUUGGCCUAUUCACUCCAGACAUGGCUUUUGAAGCUAUUGUAAAAAAACAAAUUAAUAGAUUGAAGGAGCCAAGCUUAAAAUGUGUUGAUUUAGUUGUACAAGAAUUAAGUAAUGUUGUGCGCAUUUGUACAGACAGGAUGUCACGUUACCCACGAUUGAGAGAAGAAACAGAACGAAUAAUUACUACUUAUGUAAGGCAACGAGAGCAGCUAUGUAAAGAACAGCUCAUUCUUCUAGUUGAUUGUGAAUUAGCCUACAUGAAUACUAACCAUGAAGAUUUCAUUGGUUUUGCCAACGCGGCCGCUAGUAUUUAUAACUCAAGUGCUCAACAAUCUUCUGAAAAUGCUGUAAAAGCUGGACGUCAUACUCUUGGUAAUCAAGUAAUUCGUAAAGGUUAUAUGUGCAUUCAUAAUUUGGGUAUAAUGAAAGGAGGAUCUAGAGAUUAUUGGUUUGUAUUAACAUCCGAGAGCAUUUCAUGGUUUAAGGAUGAAGAGGAACGAGAAAAAAAGUAUAUGUUGCCUUUGGAUGGAUUAAAACUUCGUGAUCUUGAACAAGGUUUUAUGUCUCGUCGUCAUUUAUUUGCAUUAUUUAAUCCUGAAGGUCGAAAUGUGUAUAAAGAUUAUAAACAACUUGAGCUCAGUUGUGAAACACAAGAUGAUGUUGAUUCUUGGAAAGCUUCUUUCCUUAGAGCCGGUGUAUAUCCUGAAAAAUCUACUGAACAAGCUAAUGGAGAAGGCGAGGAAGGAUAUGAGGGUGGAAGUGAAGGACAAUCAUCAAUGGAUCCUCAACUAGAACGUCAAGUGGAAACGAUAAGAAAUCUCGUUGAUUCUUAUAUGAAAAUUGUCACUAAAACAACACGUGAUCUGGUUCCAAAGACAAUUAUGCAUUUGAUUAUUAACAAUGCAAAAGACUUUAUUAACGGAGAACUUCUAGCUCACCUAUAUGCUAGUGGAGAUCAGUCUUCAAUGAUGGAGGAAUCUCCAGAAGAGGCUCAAAAACGGGAAGAAAUGCUUCGAAUGUAUCAUGCAUGCAAAGAAGCAUUACGUAUUAUUGGAGAUGUAUCAAUGGCCACGGUUUCAACUCCAGUACCACCACCAGUAAAAAAUGAUUGGCUGGCAUCUGGUGAAAACCCAAGUUAUGGACUAUCACCACCAUCACCAGGAGGCCCUCGACGAGGAGUACAACAACCUCCACCACCAGCAAGUUCUCGAGCACCUCCACCAGUUCCAGCAGGUGGUAGACCAGCUCCAGCUAUUCCUAAUAGACCUGGUCCGGGUGGUCCACCACCAGCUCGUGGACAACCAGGUCUUCCACCUCCAUUAAUACCCUCUCGUGGGUCUAUCCAACAAAGAGUGACUCAAGCCGCGACACAAGCUGCUGCUAACGCUGCUGUGAACGAGCUCAUGGAUGCAUUCAGGAUCAAGUAAAUAAACGCAAUACAGUGGCUUUAAUUCUCCUAUUAAUUUCUAAUUUAAAGCAUACAUUAAGAUUUACAUUUUCUGUUAUCAAUUAGUCGCUAUACAUCUUUUACAUUAAUUGCAAAACUGGUAGACUAUUCAGGGAUGCGAAUGAAUUUUCUAUUCUAAUCAGUUCACUAGCAAACAUUCAAAGUUUAUAAUUAACGUAUUUUUAAGAUUUAUUUACCAAAAGUUUUUAUUUCAAAGUCAUUAAUAAAUUUAUCAAUAACUGCUUCCUACUUUUCUUCUUGCAUGUUAAAGCUAAAUUGUUUUAUUAAUAACUCAGAACAUAUUGUUCACAACUUUUUAUAACUUAGAAUUAUUUCAAACUUGAAUUUCAUAGGAUAUUGUUGAAAUUCAAUGAUUUUUUACAAAAAUAAAUAGUAAAGAAAUAAAAAAAUGAAAAAAAAGUGUCCUGAAGAGUCUACCAAAAAAAGCAUUUAUAUGCAAAUAACGAGAGUCAAACUAUAUAAGGCAUUCAAUAUAAUUCCAAAAGCAUUUAAUUAACAGAUUCAAAAAGUAAAAAUAAAGGUAUAAGUAAGGAAUUGAUAAAAAUAUAAUGAUAAAAAAGUUUUAAAAAAAAUUACAAUUUAAAAAAUGUCAUGCUGUGAAAAAGUACAUAUUACAGAUUUCAUUGUCCAAGUAAUAAUUGAAAAAAAUAUAAAAUACAUACACUCAUAUGAAAAAAUAUUAUUAUAAAUAAUUUAUACAUAUUAACUCAGUUUACUGAAUAUAUGAUAGUAUUAUUUUGAUGGAAAUUCCACUUUUAUAGUUAAUGUUAAUUUAUAUCAUUUCUAUUUCGUUUAAUUUAAUAGUAAUCUCGUCGAUAGAAACAGAAGUACAUUCAUAUAGUAAAAUUUAGAAAAUAAGUUGAGAAUUUCACGAAUAACAUCUUCAUGUGAAGCUCUUUGUUAUUAGUUAGUUAGUUGAAAUUUAACGUAAAAACAAAGCAAAUAGAGAUUGGAAUGAAUUAAAAAAUUUUCAAGUGUUAAAUAAUUACAAUGAUAGUUCCCAAAAGUGGCUGCUACAAUUCGUUAAAUGAUGUAUUGAUGUAAAUAGUCAUAAAUUAUAUAUAAUCAGAUCGUAAACUAAAUUUAUUAAUAUUGAUUCUCUACAAUAUUUCGCUCUGUAAGAGUGUAUUAAUCAAUUAUAAAAAUAAACAGAAAAUAAAUGAAAUAAAAAAGAAAAACGCUUAUAUAUUAUUAUAAAUUUAUUGUAAGGAUCAUUCUUAACAUUAAAACCAAGUAUUCAAUAAAAAUAUAAUUUGCCAUAUUUGUUGCUGGGCCUAAUAAAUAAUUUGGAAAAU